AUGACUUAUACGGAAGCCGAUAUUCCACUGCGAGCACCGCGUUUGUUGCAACUCUCCGCGAAUAUUGUUGCUACACAUUCCAGUACGCUUUUGGCGCAUGCAAAAUCUAAUACAAAUAAAAAUAGUGAACAGUAUCACUCACAGCAACAACACCAACAAGAGCAGCGAAUUGCUGGCAGUGAUAUAGCUGCCGUAUUUCAACUUCCCUUGCCAGCAAGUAGCGCUGUUUUUGAUUCUUUGCGGGAACAGUGGAUUAAGACGGGUGUAACACCAACUACUGCCUUAGAACAUUUCACAGAAGCAGCAUGUUUGCCUUUAGAUAGAUUACUGUUGUCACGUGCUCACCUGACCGAUCGUCUUUUAGCUAAUUUAGUGGCUGCACAUCACGAACGCUUGACAUCCCUCGAUAUAUCUGAUACACAGGGAAUUGUUGGUCAUGAAUUUAAUAGAGUAUUAGAAGAAAAGUCGGUGCACUUAGAGCAGCUUAUAUCGUUGUCAAUGACAUCAUUUGAAAUCCUUCGCAUACCGAUGAUUAUUGUCCCUCCUCGUAAAACUGGUGUUAGUUAUUCGACAAGUGGCUCAUGCGGUACGUUACCAAUACUAUCUGAAGAAGAUCUUGUCGGUUCGAGCAUUGAUAUAAAUAUUGAACAUUACAUGGAUACUUCGGAUAGUGGUCCAACAUCCACUUCAAAUUGCCAAUCCGCUUCCGAAAACAGCGAAAUAAUGGAGGCAGCUACACCCAGUCCUACUAUGGAAAUACCGACUUUCACAUUGCGCUGUCCAAAUAUUCGUUCACUGACCCUUCAUCGAAAACGCAGUCACUGUGAAAAUGAUGAAUCAGUAAAUGAAUUUUUGAAUCGUGUUUUAUCACCGUUGAAAAAAUUAGAACGCUUGGACCUUUCCCAUUGGCAACGAGUUGAUGAUUUACAUUGUUUAUAUCCUCAUUCACUUUCAACACUUAUUCUUUACGACGUGCCAGAUCUUUAUCGUGCUAUGGACACCAUUGUACAAAUUACUACGCUUAAAUUUUUAGAUUUAUCGCAAAGUACAAAAGAGACGGGUACAUAUCCACGUCCAGUAACAGCCCUUCAUAGAAUUGUUACUUGUUUACGUUCACUAACUCAUUUAGAUAUUUCAUCAACCAAUCUUGCUUCACAACCGUCUACAUACGAUCGGCCAGUGAAAGGAACAACAUCUGUCAGAUCGGAUAUUUAUGGUCUUCGUUGCCUGGGAGCACCUCUAGAAUAUUUAGGCUUGUUUAAUUGUGACAGUGCAUCUCAUUUCGCUGAAAUACCCGCAAAGAAUAUCGCUGGUGAUAAAGAUGAAAAACAAAUUCUACUUGCUCUUCGAAUGUAUAGUCAGCGAGCUGGCUUACUGCAAGCAGUUCUAAAUGAAAGUUAUCAGCUUUAUAGAUUUGGACAUAACUUAAAUCAGCACACCGAAGCUUUGCAUCUUGUUUUGGGUGCUAUGCAACGUCAUCUGGAGGACAGCACACUACAGAUUGCUGGAUCCGCCUCAUUAUUUUACAUAAUUCGUAAAGUGAGUAUGAAUCGUGAUACAAAACGAAUGGUUGUUACCGCACUGCUGGAUGGGAUGGAUGCACAUAUGGAAGAACAGGUAAUGGUUCGGAAUUGUUGUUUGUCACUUUGCCAGUUCGAAAUACCACUGGAAAUUCUUUUCGAUUAUGGUCGUGUAGCCCGUUUGUUGGUUGCUGUAUUGCAGCAUCACAACAGUGACCACUUAACUCAACGUAUAGUAGUUUUUUUAUUAAAUUCAAUGGCAUGCCAUGUAGAAGGCGAGCAAAAAGUUCAGGUUGGCAAUAUUGGUGCCAUUGAAAUUAUUCUGGAACAAAUUCGCAGAAAACAUGCUGCUAGCAUAUGCGAUGAUGUCAUGGAAGUAGGAUGGAGUUUUCUGUGGAAUAUCACUGAUGAAACACCAGUCAAUUGCGAACGCUUUCUCAAUGCUGACGGCCUUCGUUUAUUUCAUCAGUGUUAUCAACAGUUUCAAAACGAAACAGAACUUGUUCGUAAUAUGAUGGGUUUGAUUGGGAAUAUUGCUGAAGUAGAGCAGCUCCGUGCACAGCUCAUGCUUGAUGAUUACAUCAAUAUUUUCUGCGCUCUAUUAACAAUGUUAGUUGAUGGCAUUGAGAUUAGUUACAAUAGUGCAGGAGUACUAGCACAUAUGGUUAGUGAUGGAGAAGCAGCUUGGUCAAAAGUGAGUGUAUCACGUACAUAUGUUAUGGAUAAAAUUAUCAAGGCCACCAACACUUGGGAUUUGGAAGCGAAGCGAUUCAUAAAUUAUCGAUCGUUCAAGCCGAUUUUAAGGCUCAUACCGAUGUUCGAUGCUCCAGCAAGUCAGCAUUGGGCAAUUUGGGCACUUGCUAAUCUAACAUCUACUGAUAAAGAUAAAUAUUGUGCCUAUGUUCUACACGAGGGUGGCAUCCCUUUGCUGCAACAAGUCGUCAGUGACGAACGGUCUUCGGAUAAAAUGCGCAGUUUAGCCAAUGUUGUCUUGAGAAAUAUCACCGAAUGGGAAUGCUCGAAGUACACACCUCCACCGAGCAUGUUUUAA